ACGCACGAUGGUGUCCCCAGAAAGGCCGAUUCCUUGGCCUUUACACCAUUGACGUGGGCCGCUCAAAACGGACACGAAGGCAUGGUAAAGCUAUUACUCAAAGAGAAAAAUAUCAAUUUAGAAGCUCAGGUCUUCGAAUGGGGACGAACAGCGCUCUCUUGGGCCACCGGUGCUGGGUAUGAGAGAAUAGCAAAGGUCCUGUUAGAUCAGGGAGAGAUCCAUGCCGAAUCCCAAGACUGGAGAGGAAGAACACCCCUGUCACACGCUGCGGCGUCGCCAACAGUGGAAGUUGUCAUGCUGUUUCUGGAGCGGGAAGGGGUCAAUGCCGAACUGCCCGACAAUGAUGGUAGAACACCCCUCUCCCACGCUGGCGAAGAGGGAAGUCCAGAAGUCGUGAAGUUGUUUCUGGAUCGGAAAGAGGUCGACGCCGAAUUACAGAAUAAUACGGGUAGGACACCCCUCUCCCAUGCUGCCGAAGAGGGAGGUGCACAAGUCGUGAAGCUGUUUCUGGAGCUGGAGGAGGUCAACGCCGAAUUGCAGGAUAAUAGGGGUAGAACACCCCUCUCCUACGCU